CAAAUGCAUUUUAGUAUAUUUAUAUUUCACUAGGGAUGGCUUAUCUGUGUUUAUAGAUGGAUGGAAGUGCCAUCAAUCCAGUCUUUACUUCAUUUCCUCUGAGACAAAGAACUGGACUGAGAGCAGAAGAUACUGUACAGAGAGAGCAGCAGAUCUGGUCAUCAUAAACAACACAGAGGAACAAGAUUUUGUGAAGAACAUUUCUGGUGUUGCUAAAGUCUGGAUUGGUCUGACUGACACUGAUUUGUAGGGCACAUGGAAAUGGGUUGAUGGCAGCAAUAUGACCUCUGGGUGAGAAAUCACUGAACUGAACUGAUUAUUAUUUUAUAAACGAUUCUCUCAGUCAGUAUCAUAUCACACAGAAAGCAGCCCUGAACUAAUGCUGAUCUGUUGAUGCAGGUUCUGGCAGCCUGGACAAC